AUGAGUUUCGGCUUUAGUAUCGGAGAUUUCCUCGGCAUCAUCAAGGAUGUUCAUCAUAUUCGAAAGGUUUUUAAUGGUGCGCCUGCUCAGUUCAAAUUUCUCAACGAUGAAGUGAGAAGGCUCUCCAUUCUUAUACAGGACGUCGAGACAUAUAUACCAAACGCAGCACAGAAAGACAAAUUACAACAGAUAGCAAACGACUGUAAGAAUCUAAUCCAAGAUAUCUGGAAUGUCAUUGGUAAAUACAGAGAGAUAGACCAAAAGUCUAGCAUCAAUCACGUCUGGAAACGCCUCAAACUGGACCCGGAAGACGUUCGAGAACUUCGGGAUCGGGUUUGCAGCGUCAUUGAUGCCCUUACUGCUAUCAAUGUGCGCAUCACCCAAGAUCAAGUUCAAGAGCUUUUCAACUACAAGAAUCAGGAACAGCACCAGAAACAUCUGGACUGGUUAUCAUCAGAAAGCUUUGCAGCAGAUCGGGGCAAACCAAUCUACCAGCCAGGGACUGGGAGAUGGUUCAUCAAGUCACCUGGAUUUCAGACUUGGAUACACAAUCCAGGCCAAACGUUAUUCUGUCCCGGGAUACCUGGAGCAGGAAAAACCAAUAUGGCAUCAAUCAUUAUAGAUGAGCUGAACCAUCGUCAUGGCAACGAUCCUAGCGUUGGCAUUGCCUACAAUUUCUGCAGCUUUCGCUAUUGUGACGACCCUCGCCAGUCCCCAGAUAAUGUAUUAGCAAGCAUGAUUCGACAACUAGUUCGGGGACUCCCGCUACCUGUAUCGACUGUUCACCUGUUGUAUGAAAAACACAGAAGCAAUGGCACUCGGCCUUCAUUCAGAGAGCUUUCUAAAGUCUUCAGAGAUGUUGUCCAAAUGGCUUUGAAACAAACUUUUAUUGUCAUUGAUGCACUUGAUGAAUGCAAGGCUAGCACAAUAUCUUGUAUCCUAAGACAAAUAUCUGAGACUCAGGCGUCUGGGAACUUAAACUUGUUGGCAACCUCAAGAUCUCUCUAUUUGAAUUCAUUGGCUUCGGCUCCCAGAGCCAAAGAGAUAAAUGACGAAUUGGAGAGAUUGAUCAAUAGAUCAUACCACAUUGAUGAGGGCAACAUUGCCGUUGACGAUGCGUACCAAGACGCUCUGGAACGCAUCAACAACCAAGAUCCACGUCGCGCAAAGUUGGCCAAAGACGCGUUGUCAUGGGUUAUCUGCGCCAAACGACCACUCACUACGUUGGAGCUACGUACCGCUCUUACGAUAGAACUGGGAGACUCGGAUUUGAGUGAAGGAGAUCUUUAUGAUCUUGAAGACAUAAUUUCCUCGUGUGCAGGACUGCUCACUGUUGGGUCCGAAAGUACGAAGGAAGUGGUUCAACUGGCUCAUUACACAAUGCAAGAAUAUUUCACACGACAUCAGGCUGUCUUAUUCCCAGAGGCAAAUAAAACUAUUACAGCAAGCUGCCUUACUUAUCUUUCAUACGAUACCUUUUACCGAGGAAUAUGUUCGAAUGAUACCGAAUUUGAAGCUCGACUUAGCCAGUAUCCGCUAUACUCUUAUGCUGCCAAGAAUUGGGGUCACCAUGCUCGAGUGCAUUCAACAAUCGAUGAUCUUUUACUGCGGUUCCUAGGGAAUGGCCCCGUACUAGAUGCGAGCGUUCAAGCGCUGUUUGCCAUGGAAGGAUACUAUGGCUUCGAAAGCUAUUGCUCGAAAUUUCCCUCGGGAUUUACGGCAUUUCACCUGGCCGCAUGGUUCGGAUUGGAGAAAGUAGUGCGCUUCCUUCUUAGCCAGUGGGACGGGUCAUGUGCCAAGGACUCUAUGCACCGGUAUCCACUCGCAUGGGCCGCUUUGAAUGGUCAUCUGCCAGUUGUGAAGAUGUUUCUGGAUAAUGGAGUUGAGCCACUUCAGCAUGACGAAUAUGGCCAGACACCAAUUUCUCUAGCCGCAUUGAAUGGCUGUACCGAGGUCGUGAAGCUCUUCUUGGACUACCAUAUCGACCCAAACCUUGGAGGCUUUUGGUAUCAAUUUCCCCUGACAGCGGCAUGCUCUCGAGGGCACCAUGAUACCGUCGAACUUCUUCUCAAUAGAGGCGCACACCCAGACCCUAAGGACAUUUGCGGGAGGACCCCUUUCCUAUGGGCAUGUUACAAUGGCUCAAUUGAGAUAGUUCAGACUUUACUCAAUUACUCUGUUGUUAAAACGGAAGCUUCUGGCGCAUUCAACAAUUACUGCAUUGAUUUUGGCCAGAGAGAUGAUCAUGGAAAUAAUGCUAUUUCCUACGCUCUAGAUCACGGCCACCAUGAUAUCAUUCAGCUCCUGCGCGAGAGAGGCAUUAUUUCAGAACAAGAAUCUCACAUUGAUAAAUUGUUCUGCAGCUGGAGCUCUGAUACUAGAGGAGGCGAUGUCACUGCUACUGUGCCAUAUACUGGACCCGCAAUUGGCUGGCCAUUCAUCGACGGACAAGGAGUGUCGAACAACGAGCGUAAACCUCAUCGACAAAACUUCAAAUGUCCACUCUGUACUCACAAACCAUUCCGUAACCCUGCCCUCUUGUUAAAACAUGUCCAGAACCUGCAUUGCUCGGAUACCGAAUGGAAGUGCCCAUAUUGUGAGAGAUCAUUUGGGAGACGGGACAUACUUUAUGAACAUGUUCGCGUAGGCCAUGGGAAAAAACGAGAAGACAUGUCAGUCUGCAAACAGAGAUUGGAUCAUCCAGGAAGGUGUCUGGUUUGCGCAACGCCUCUCAGUUCUUGGGCGGCAUUUAAGAGCUGCAUCGUGAAGCAUAGCAAGUCUAUAGAGCAGCUAGAAUGA